AUGUCAUUAAGAUUGUUACAACUUACAAUUGCAUUAUACAGUGCCAUAGAUGUACUUGCUGAGGAGCUUGAUUUGGUUACAAAAAUGAAUCUUGCUGUUAAGGAAGAAAGAUACAGUGAUGCAGGAAGAGAAACAAUAACAAUCAUAAAUCAGAACUCGAAUCAUGACUCGGACGAUUUCGUUCUAUCCGGCGAUUAUGACCACCACGCCACUGGAACCACCGAUUUAAGCCGGAUAUUUUCGAUUAUCACCAGCACACCAUACGAACCAUUGGAUUGAUUCAAUCGAUUUAGAAGAGGUCAGAACAGGUGGAGAUCAAAUACGGGCUAUAGAGGUCCAAACCUAAAUCGGGGAAGAUGCUGCAUCGACAGAGAUGGUGAAACUUUUAUCGGCCAAAUAUGUUCAGAUGGAGAUGGAGACCAUCUUCAAAGAUUGCAUUCCAUCAACGAUUGAUCGGAUACGUGGUCAUUUGGUGGGUUGCAUAUGUGGUCUUUCUAUUUGUCACAGUUACCAGGAACAUGGGACGACAGAAAAGGGGAGGCGACCGGAUCUACAAGGAUAAAUAAUUCCCCCUAAAUCUGCUAAGCAAGAUAGGAGUUUGCUUUUACAAGAUGCCAACUGAUCUGAAUGAGAAGAUCUUUGACCAAACAUGGAUUUUACAUAUUGUUCUUAGCAAUAAAAUGCAGAUAGUAUAAUUCCUUCAUAUCAAGAAGCUGUAGUUCAUAUAGCUAAAGGGGUUAAGCCACUUCCAGCUUGCCUGCCACCCAUUUGAUGGAAUAUGCCUAAACCGAAAAGAGCUCAAUUUUGUAUGUAAAGUAAGUGGUAAGAGCAGUAUGGGUGCUACCAAGUGGAAGCAUUCAGAAACAUGUUUGUCAAAUGAAAUUUUAUUUGUUAAAAUGAUUUAUUAUCUCAUUAGUUGCAAUCUUCAUGAGGGGUGGAUCCAAAGUCCAUAUUGUGCCACUUUUUCAAUUGAAUUGAAAUGUGAAGAGUACAACGAAAAUAAACUAAAUCGUGUGGUGGAAGCUAUAGAUGAGCUACACAGCUGACAGAACAUAACAAAGAAGGGUGACGUCUUUAACCACACGUGGGUGUCUUGACUGGGGAUUCUUAUAAGCAGGUUUACUGUUUCUGAUCUCGGAGGGAAAAUGGUAAAGGAUCGGAAGGUGGGUGUGGCUAUGGAGCAUGGGAUUAAGUACAUUGAUAACAAAUAUGUAAAAUGUCUAUUAAGCAAAGACAAAAGUCGUUCUAACCCAUGCGGAGCAUGGGAUCUUCACUUGUUAUAAAUUAAUAACAUGAUACAUUUAGAAUUCAUCAAGGUUGGAUACAAAAGCAAAAUACUGGUCUAUCAUAGGCUGAGGAGGCAAC